AACCUCCCUCUCUCCAUCCUCAUUCACCCUUCCUCUGUACCUACAUCGCACACGACCUCACGCGACCUCCCUCACCACACAAUCUCUCACACACAAUGGCCAUUGCCAACGGCACCAACGGCUCCGCCCGGAGUGGAUUCCCAAAGGGCACUUUCCUCUUCACCUCCGAGUCCGUCGGUCAGGGACACCCCGAUAAGAUGGCCGAUCAGGUCUCCGACGCCGUGCUCGACGCCUGCUUGAAGGACGACCCAGCAUCCAAGGUCGCCUGUGAGACUGCCACCAAGACCGGCAUGGUCAUGGUCUUCGGCGAGAUCACCACCAAGACUCGUCUGGACUACCAAAAGGUCAUUCGUGACGCUAUCAAGGAUAUCGGAUACGAUGACUCUGCUAAGGGCUUCGACUACAAGACUUGCAACGUGCUCGUUGCCAUUGAGGAGCAGAGCCCGGAUAUCGCCCAGGGUCUCCACUACGAGGAGGUUCUCGAGAAGCUCGGUGCCGGUGAUCAGGGUAUCAUGUUCGGAUACGCCACCGACGAGACUCCUGAGAUGCUGCCGUUGACCAUCCAGCUUGCCCAUAAGCUCAACAAGACCAUGACCGAUGCUCGCAACGAUGGAAGCCUUCCAUGGCUCCGCCCCGACACCAAGACCCAGGUCACCGUCGAGUACGAGCACGAUAACGGUGCCGUCAUUCCCAAGCGCGUUGACACUGUCGUCGUGUCUGCCCAGCACAGCGAGGACAUCACCACUGAGCAGCUACGAAAGGAGAUCUUGGAGAAGGUCAUCAAGAAGGCUAUCCCAGCCCACUACCUCGACGACAAGACCGUCUACCACAUCCAACCAUCUGGCCUGUUCAUCAUCGGAGGCCCACAAGGUGACGCCGGUCUGACCGGCCGCAAGAUCAUCGUUGACACCUACGGUGGAUGGGGAGCUCACGGAGGUGGUGCUUUCUCCGGAAAGGACUACAGCAAGGUCGAUCGUUCCGCCGCCUACCUUGCCCGCUGGGUGGCCAAGUCCAUCGUCCACGCCAAGCUCGCCCGCCGCGCUCUCGUCCAGUUCUCCUACGCCAUCGGUGUGGCCGAACCUCUCUCCAUCUUCGUCGAGACCUACGGCACCUCGGACAAGACCUCCGACGAGCUCGUUGAGAUCGUCCGCAAGAACUUCGACAUGCGUCCCGGUGUCAUCGUCAAGGACCUGGACCUCGCCAAGCCCAUCUACCGCGAGACGGCCAAGAACGGCCACUUCACCAACCAGAACUUCACCUGGGAGAAGCCAAGAACUCUCAAGUUCUAGGUGGGUGAAACCAUACAAAAUUUCGAGGAAAACAUUGUUCAACAUUAGACAAGCCCCCACCAUCCGCUCGGCCUCGCGAUUCAAUCUCGCGCAGAGUCGGAGCCAUGCAUAGUCGGGUUCAUUCAUUGAGGCUCCACCCUCAGCCCGCAACGACCAGCAGUCGCAAUUUCUCGAUUCCCAGUCGAGGAAAGAGGAUAUACCAACGACGACGAUGACGGCGUUUGUUUUAGAGAGAAAAGCAAGAAUUAUGAUAUAAGAAAAGUUUUGGAAGGAGGAGAAAGAGGAUAGAGCGCAAGUGAUACCCCGAAGAGGCCUCUGCUCAAGGCUCGAAAGAAUGGUUGUGGUUAUUUUGGUUUUUAUUCAACAUAGAGAUCUCGAGCAGAGGCUAACGAGACAUAUCUCUCCGGCUGUCCGAUCAUCUCGGCGGUUUGGAAAACACAAUGGCACAUGCGAACAGCAUGUUUGCUGUGCGAGAAGGAAACUUCGGGACGACGACAAGAUUACGCGAUUGGACAUCAAACGAUAGACCGCUGGCCGAGAGUCUUUCUCGGCGCGAAGUGUUUUUGGGGCAGGCAGAUGUGUUCAACCAUCCAUCUCUGCUGCUCCGAUUCAUUUCGCUGCCUUGGCUUGGUCGGCCCUCUCGUUCACCUGGCUUCUAUCGCGUCCGCGUCCUUCAUCUUCUCUUCUUUCUUUUCUUCUACUAGAUCAGUGAUAGCAUCCGCGACACCAGCGGGAUACAAUCGCAGAUUUUCUUGGAGACUCUCG